CCGGAAACCGCCUGAUCGUGAGAGCGGCGGCUCUGGGAGCGCCUUCUCUCCGGUGCCGGCGGUUCGCCCGGCGCGGGCUCGGCCCAGCCCUCCCGUCGCUUCAGCGCUGGGCGGUCUUGAGGCCCUGGUCUCGUCUUGAGGGUGACGCUUCUGGCGCGAGUGCCUGCAGACUGUGGCGCGGGCUGCGCAAGUGCUGAGAGCCGGUCCUGCUGUGGGAGCGAUGGCCUCAGGGAAGCACCCGGCCGUGCUGGGCUCCGGGAGUCCGCGUAAGCCGUGGCGACUGCCCGCCGACGGACACCCCGCGCCGGGCUGCUACCUGAGGUGAGCGGCGCGGAGCUGUCGGCAGCGGCGGCGCUGACUCUGCGCUCCCGCCGUGCUCUGCUUGUGGAGGUAGAUUGGGAGUGGGCGCGGGGAGCGGAUGGAGCUGGCUGCGUGACACCGGGAAAAGAGGCUCGAGCACCGGUUUCAGCGGCCGCACAGCAGCCUUAAUUUCAGUAUUAGGUUCACGUAUUGAAUACAACAAACGCCUUAGGGCUCACAGAGUUUUUAUUCGUAGCCGACCUAUUAGAAUUUUUUACUUGGUUUAAAGAGAGCACAUGCCUGUUCGAACAGCAACUAUAUUCACUGCCGUAUGUGCUGAGGAAAGCUGAAAAAUGAAACUCUGGAUCACCUGAUUAGCUUGAGUGGAGCAGUCCAGCUCAGGCACCUCUCCAAUAAUCUAGAGAUUCUCCUCAAGAGGGACUUCCUCAAACUUCUUCCAUUGGAACUUAGUUUUUAUCUGUUAAAAUGGCUUGAUCCGCAGACCUUACUCACAUGUUGCCUCGUCUCUAAGCAGUGGAACAAGGUUAUAAGUGCCUGUACAGAGGUGUGGCAGACUGCAUGUAAGAAUUUGGGCUGGCAGAUAGAUGACUCUGUUCAGGAUCCUCUGCAUUGGAAGAAGGUUUACCUAAAAGCUAUUUUAAGGAUGAAGCAACUGAAGGACCACGAAGCCUUUGAGACAUCCUCUUUGAUUGGACACAGUGCCAGAGUAUAUGCACUUUACUAUAAAGAUGGACUUCUGUGUACAGGAUCAGAUGACUUGUCUGCAAAACUGUGGGAUGUAAGCACAGGUCAGUGCAUAUAUGGUAUCCAGACACACACUUGUGCUGCAGUGAAGUUUGAUGAACAAAAGCUUGUAACGGGAUCUUUCGAUAACACAGUAGCCUGUUGGGAAUGGAGCUCUGGAGCAAAGACACAGCAUUUUAGAGGACAUACUGGUGCAGUUUUUAGUGUGGAUUACAAUGAUGAACUUGAUAUUCUGGUCAGUGGCUCUGCAGACUUCACUGUGAAAGUAUGGGCCUUAUCUACAGGAACGUGCCUGAAUACCCUUACUGGACACACAGAAUGGGUCACUAAGGUCGUUUUGCAGAAGUGCAAAGUCAAAUCUCUUAUGCAUAGUCCUGGGGAUUAUAUUCUCCUAAGUGCAGAUAAGUAUGAAAUCAAGAUUUGGCCUAUUGGAAGGGAAAUAAACUGCAAGUGCUUAAGAACACUGUCUGUUUCUGAAGACCGCAGCAUCUCCCUGCAGCCCAGGCUGCACUUUGAUGGUAAAUACAUAGUGUGCAGUUCAGCACUAGGAUUAUACCAGUGGGACUUUGCCAGCUAUGAUAUUCUCAGGGUUAUCAAACCUCCAGACUUCUCAAAUGUGUCCUUGCUGGGCUUUGGAGAGAUAUUUGCUCUACUGUUUGACAACAGAUACCUGUAUAUAAUGGACUUGAGGACAGAAAAACUGAUAAGCCGCUGGCCUUUACCAGAAUAUAGAAAGUCCAAGAGAGGUUCAAGCUUUUUGGCUGGUGAAAUAUCUUGGUUAAACGGACUAAAUGGCCAAAAUGAUACGGGCUUGGUUUUUGCCACCAGUAUGCCAGACCAUAGUAUCCAUUUGGUGUUAUGGAAAGAACAUGGCUGAGAAGUUCACACAUACAGAAUCUUCAGGAAUAUAUAGCCUGUCAGCAGUGUGUCCAUAAAAUGAGACUUUGCAUGAACCAAAGUUGCACACCCAGUGGUAUCAUCAUGCAAUGCACAAUCAUUUACUUUUAUUUCGGCAUUGGGAACGGGUUGUUUUGGACAUAAUGCAAUGCAGCAUGCUAACAGUAUUCACCACAAAUUUUUGUCUAUAUUCAUGUUUAAAUAUACCUAUUUGGGCUCUGAAGUAUAGCUUGUAAUGUUUAAACCGUUCAAAUCUGCUAUCAAGUCUGAAAUUAAGUUGUGCUUGACCUGACUUCUGACCUGUUUUUUGUUGCUGAAACAGAAGGUGAACCUACUAUUUUAGAACCAUAGGCUUUUAUAAAUGUAACAGCAAAUACUGGUUACAGUGCAUGGCCACUUAACAAAAAUGAGAAAAUAGCAAACCCUUUCUCUCUCCAGAA